AUGAUCCCCGAUGCUGCCUACAGGUUAGACAGAAAGCGCUAUACACGCCAUGGCGACACGUUUGCCCUGGUGUCUCCUGGUGCCAUCAUGAUACAGACAUCCAAUCCUGAGGUCAUUCGGCAAAUCAUUGCUCAGCGAGAAAACUUCCCCAAGCCGUGUCAGAUUUAUCGCAUGUUGAGAUUGUUUGGCGAAAAUGUUGUCACGACUGAGGGGUGUGUGUGGAAAGCUCAUCGCAAGGCUACAGCACCAAGCUUCAAUGAGAAGAAUUCUGCUCUCGUCUUUCGCGAAAUCAUCGAGCAGACGAAUGGCAUGAUUAGCACCUGGGUGGACAGCUUCGGCAAUAGGAGCGAGCCCCUGACAACCAUCUCGGCUGAUAUUACGCGACUCACCAUCAACGUUAUUAGCUAUGUUGGAUUCGGACUACGACUUCUCUGGCCGGGCCAAGUCUUGCCACCUGGGUCAGACACUGCCGCUGCAAAGUAUGCCUCGCUGGACCCGCCACCUGGUUACUCAUUGUCGUUCGUAGAUACGCUGGUUCGGCUACUGAACAACAUUUUGAUUGUCCUAUUGUUUCCCCACUGGAUGUUGAAACUGUCGCCGUGGAAGGGUCCUCGCCUGGCUGCGGCAGCUUACCAGGACUACGUCCGGUACUCAAACGAGAUGAUGAAUGAAAAAAUGGAGGCUCUACAAAAUGGGACACAAGCCGAAGAGGGUAUGGAUUUCAUGGGUGCGCUGAUCAAGGGGUCAUACGGGUUGGAUGCAAAGGGUACUGCAGACAAGCUUGGAAAGCCACUGGUCCUCAACCGAGAGGAGAUUCUUGGGAACGCAUUCAUCAUGUUUGUUGCAGGCCACGAGACAUCGGCAAACACAAUCCACUUCACACUUAUUAAUCUUGCGACGAACCCGGCGGCUCAGCGGUUGAUCCAUAAAGACAUUGACGAAUUGGUCGGCAACUCGGACCCCUCGACUUGGGAUUAUGAGCGAUUGAUUGGGCCCAUGACGGGCAGCGCAAUCGCGGCGUGUAUGAAUGAGACCCUUCGCCUCAUUCCGCCCGGACCUGCAAUUCCCAAGCAGGUAUCCCGGGAUCGUGACCAGGUGGUCAACGUUGGGGGAAAGGAAUGUUUACUGCCAAAAGGGAGCAUGAUUAUGCUUCAGGUUUUGAAAGCUCACGAAGACCCUCGCUAUUGGCCAUACGAAAAAAGCCAAUUGACUCCAGGACAAGACGACCUACGAGACUACAAGCCGGAGCGGUGGUUUGAGACGGUCCCUGGGCCCCGCUGUGAAAGGAAGGAGGCAGACGAGGAACGGGCGCGCUCAGAGUCGUCAGACGGCGGCGACGAUGAAAGCGACGAGGGCAUCGACCGCAAGCCCGACAGAAACGCGCGCUUCUUCCGCCCUCGUCGCGGCGCAUACCUCCCCUUCAGUGAUGGAGCCCGAUCCUGCAUCGGACGACGUGUCGCGCAAGUCGAAAUCAUGACAUUUCUGGCCGUCCUGUUUCAGCGGUACAGCGUGGAACUAGCGCCAGACCAAUGGGCCAGCGAAGGUGAGGUACAAAGAAUGGGCAGGGAAGCCAGAGCCGAUGUAUACCGGACGGCGCAGGCAUUCAGCAGAAAGACUCUGGCGGAGGCCGAGUCUGUGAUUACGCUGGGCUUGCAGGGCAAAACGGUACCGAUGCGGCUCGUCAAGCGGGGGGAAGAAAAGUUUAUCAACUGGAUGUCGGAUGCAUAG